AUGGGGCUGGGGAGGGGGUCCUACAGCCUGGAUGGGGCUGGGGGGUCCUACAGCCUGGAUGGGGCUGGGGGGUCCUACAGCCUGGAUGGGGCUGGGGGGGGGUCCUACAGCCUGGAUGGGGCUGGGGGGGGUCCUACAGCCUGGAUGGGGCUGGGGGGGGUCCUACAGCCUGGAUGGGGCUGGGGGGGGUCCUACAGCCUGGAUGGGGCUGGGGAGGGGGCCUACAGCCUGGAUGGGGCUGGGGAGGGGGGGUCCUACAGCCUGGAUGGGGCUGGGGGAGGGGGGCCUACAGCCUGGAUGGGGCUGGGGGGGGUCCUACAGCCUGGAUGGGGCUGGGGAGUGGGGGUCCUACAGCCUGGAUGGGGCUGGGGAGAGGGGGGGGGCCUUUAG